ACACACGCCGUGGUAUCCUGAAGCCCUCUCCAACAGGACCAGGAGGCACCAGAGUGAGGACGAAAAGUGCUGAAAGAGCGAAUACAGAACGAAGAAGGAUCGUAAAGGACAUGCACAGAAUGGUGCUCUGGAUGGGAGAGCAGAAGUUUUCUGCACUGGAAUGACCUCCCACACACUCUCACGUGGUUUCUAUGGGGAUUUCAGCAUAGCCGCACUCUUCUGGAUGGGUGAUGGUGUAUUUCUGUGCCAUCUGAUCACUCUGCUCUGAUUGGCCAGUAUUAUUCAGUCGCCACACUGCCAUUGGUCAGAAUGCCAGCAAAAGGGAAGUACUUGCUGAAUGAGCAGCUGUUGAAACAGGAAGCACUGUACCGGAAAUUUUCUGGCAUUAGCCAAUACCAGACAUUCGUUCAGUUGCUGGGACUGAGCAUGCUCAUCUGUGCCACAUUGCUAGUGCUCUUCUUCAGUCUGAAACUGGAUGCAAAGGUCCAUGGCGUAUUUGUGGGAGUUGUGGGAGGAGCGUUGUGUUUGUUCCUGGCUGUGUUUAUAUUAAUGUGUACAGAGACCCUCUCUCAGAGAUGGAGAACUUUACUCGGCCUUGCCGUGUGGGCCACACACCUCACAAUGGGAUUCACCUUUAUUUUCGGCACAGCUUCUGGCAUACCAAUACAACCAUGGGACCAGGUGCCCUUCUUCCUGUUCAUCAUCAUUACAGUCUACACAAUGCUGCCGUUCCAGAUGACCUAUGCUGUGACCCUGAGUAUCAUCACCUUUCUGUCUCACAUCAUUGUUCUUUUGGUGUACCUCACAGUGGGAGUGUUACCCCCCGAACCCACCAAUCACCACAUCACCAACCAGUUGCUGUCAAAUGCUGUGCUGUUUGUUUGUGGAAGUAUGGUUGGUGCAUUCCAUAAGUUUCUGAUGGAGAAAGCUCUCAUGCAGACAUUUCAGGAUACUCUUCGCUGCCUUGGCAUUCGCAUGAAACUGGAGAUUGAAAAAAGACAGCAGGUGCUCAUACAACUUCACUCCAACAAAUCACAGACACAGCCAAAGCAAACAUACAGCACAAAACAAAUGCAAAUAAUCCUCUGUGUAAAUAUAUAUGCUAAAUUAGUUUUAUAUUGUCUGUCAUGCAAGAGUAUCAAACUGUCUGUUUUAUAGAAUUUUGCCGAUUAC